UGUUUUGUAGGAAGCCGAAACCAAGCUGAGCCCAAGACGCGAGCAUUCCAUGGCCUGCGACUAGUUUCCUAAUGGCCGUUCUGCGGCCAAUGAACCCAACCCCGAUGGUGUUCAACCCUUGGAGUGGACCAGUGCGGCGCGCAGGAUCAGUGUCCUCUGGUAGCCAAACCCCGCAGCCGCGCUACCCCGGGGUGAGGGUCUUGCCUCCAUCGGGGUCCAGCACGCCCCAGCCGGGCAUGCUGGACACGGAGACAUGCCCAAGCUGUGGCAACGCCUACAUGCCCGACGCCAUCUUCUGCCGGCAUUGCGGGCAGAAGCGGCAGGUCGAAAUCUACUCUGCCUUUUCAGGCCCUGUCAGCCCAGCACACGGUGUAUAUGUCAACGAUCCUCCAUUGUAUAGCACCACUUUCUCAGGACCUGGCACGGCCUAUGCUGGCGAAGCUUCAGUGUACAAUGCUCUAUAUUCAGGUUCGGUGAGCCCCGCAGCUGGUACAACGGUCUAUGCCAACGAAGCAGCGCCGGUGUACAACGCUACAUACUCAGGUUCGGUUACUCCUGUAGCUGGCGGUACAACGGUCUAUGCCAACGAAGCAGCGCCGGUGUACAACGCUACAUACUCAGGUUCGGUUACUCCUGUAGCUGGCGGUACAACGGUCUAUGCCAACGAAGCAGCGCCGGUGUACAACGCUACAUACUCAGGUUCGGUUACUCCUGUAGCUGGCGGUGCAACGGCGCUUGCCAGUGGUCCUGCGGUCCCAGUGUUCCCUGCUGCAUACUCAGGAUCAGCCAUUUGCAGGGUUGGCGCAACAGCAAAUGCUCCUUGUGGAGGACUUCGAGCUCGCGGCAUCCUUGAGCCCACUGCGUACGCAGCUCCGUCGGUGUCGAUCCCGGUCUCAUCAUGUGAGGUUCCGCCAGCCACUGCUGGGCUCUCUGCAUCGAAUGGGUGCACAUCCAUGCGCUUGUCAUCCUACACGCCACUGCCCAUGCAGGCGACGGCCCACUCCCUGCCUGGGACGGUCACUCCGGUUCCUCCGGUCACGCCGGUUCCGAUGCCAAGGGCUUCGGUGGGCUCCUUGUCGGUAAGCUCGCUUCCAACUUCUGCCCUUGCCGCGGACAUUCCCACCCCUGUGGAGCCCCAGUUGCCGGCAAGCCUCACUGCAGGCCUUCCAGAUCCUUCCUCCAUAGAGCGCCAGAAGAGCUCCUACGCACGCGGACUGGAGGAGCAGCUGAGGCACGGCACCGACGUGCUGGCCCAGCAGUUGAAGCAGCAGUCGGACUACCUCUUCGCAAUGGGUGACCAACGCAAGCGGCAAUACGCGCUGCAGGUGGACCAAGAGAUCAAGCAGAGAGAGAUGGAGCUGGCACAGCAGCACAAUGAGCAGCUGCUGCUUCUGCAGCAAGCCGCACAGCAGCAGAAAUCGGCGCUGGAGCAUCAGGCGAACGCCUUGCUGUUGGAAUACAACCAGAAGAAGGCGCAGGAGGACCUCGCGUAUCAGCAAUACCAGUUUCAGAAGCGACAGUAUGAGACCCAGCUGCAGUACAACGAGGAGAUGAAGGAGUUGCAGGUUCAGCAGAACGCUGCAGAGCAACAGGUGGCGCACCAGCGUGCAUACAUCGCACAGCAAGCGGUGCAAGCCACACAGCAAGCAGCAGUAACUGCACGGCAGGUUCGACUGAGUGGGCCUCCAGGCAGUUUCACUGCCCCUUCUUUCGCUCGCUGCAUGUAUGAAGCACAUGAGGCGCUCCAGCGACGUAUGCUGCGCCUUUCGUGCCAGUGCCGUGCCAGCCUUGGUCCUUGUGGGACGCCCCUUCUGGCGUGAGCACUGAGGUGCACACCACCCGUGCCAGCGGUUUCCUCAAGGGGCUCACGGGAAUCAGGCAUUUGCGUGAGAGAGAAGGCUUAGGCGCAACGCAAGCUUAACGCCACCAGCGACUUGCGUGGGUCCCGUCUCCCGUGCCUAGACCCCACACUGGCAAGUUGCCCUACCCAGACAAUGAGUGGGCCUGGGCUGCCCAGGCUGCCUGCCUGAGCAGCUGGGGCAAUCUGGGGUUCCAGGUGGCAGUGGAUUCGCAGCUUUGCCAGCUGGUCUGAGAUGUGUAGCCCUCGUGCCAAUGCAACUUCAACGAAUGUGAA